AUGAGUCAACUCGAAAACGAGUUUGAGAAGGGAGAGGAUGUUGGAAGCAGCUCGACUGAAGGAGAACUUACCAGUAAAUCUGAGACGAAUGUUAACGUAGUUGCAAAUACAUUUUUAGAAUUUACGUCUAAAGAUGAUGUUAUAACUCAAGCCGAAAGAAUCAUUGAAUUAAGCGGGCUUACCGAGAAGGCGGAAUUGAUUAAAAAAGGUGCAUUACUAGUGAGUUUUCCGAAUAAAACUUUUAAAGAUUAUGAAUUGAGCAUUGAAGAAAGUGAGAGUGUGAAGAAGUAUAAUAAAUAUCCUUGGAAGCAGACGUAUACUUUGUACUUGUUGGCAAUUACAUCUGCAUUGUCGGCAGCUGUUCAGGGAAUGGAUGAAUCUGCAAUUGGAGGGGCCCAAUUAUUUUAUAUAUAUGAUUAUGGAAUUUCUGCAGAUACUACUUACUAUGCCAAUGUUAGAGGCAUAAUAAAUGCUAUACCUUACCUUGCUGCCUCGGUGAUUGGAUGCUGGCUAUCUAUUCCCAUGAAUUUUUACUUAGGAAGAAGAAUGAGUAUAUUCUUGUCAAGUUUCGUGGCAGCUGCAUCUGGUUUGUGGCAGGCAUUCUCACCUUCAUGGGAGAUGUUGCUAGUUGGGAGACUUAUAAUGGGAAUCACCAUUGGAGUGAAAAGUGCUACUGUUCCAGUUUACACCGCUGAGUCAACUCCUGAAAGAAUUAGAGGGGGGUUGGUUAUGUUAUGGCAAACUUUGACAGCAUUCGGUGUCAUGAUGGGUUCUGUUAUGGGAGUAGCUUUUUUGAACGCAGGAAAGCAUAACUGGAGAUUUAUGUUAGGAUCGGUUUUCCCUUUGCCCUUAGUCGUAUGUGCUUUAAUUUUCGUGCCACCGGAAUCGCCUAGAUGGUUAAUUUCCAAAAAGAGGUAUAGGGAUGCCUAUGAAUCCUUCACAAGGUUGAGACCUUUUGAAUUAUUAGCAGCAAAGGAUUUUUACUACGCCGUAUCGUUGAUUGAAGUGGAGAACGAAGCAACUCAUGGGACUACAUUUUACAGAAGAAUUAUUGAGAUUUUUACAGUUCCUCGUAAUAGAUUUGCAGCUUUAGCGAGUUGCAUUCUUAUGUUUGGACAGCAGUUUUGUGGAGUAAAUGUGUUGACUUUUUAUAUAUCAACAGUCUUAGUAAGUGCUGGUUUCUCCAAUCAUUCUGCAUUGGCUGGAAGUUGCGGAUUUGGUGCCUUAGCUGUUUGUGGAGCGUUGACUGCUAUACCUAUCAUUGAUAAAAAAGGAAGAAGAUUCUUAGUUUUAUUCACAUAUCCUUUGCUUGCCAUCUUCUUACUUUGGACUGCAUUUUCAUUUUAUGCUGAAACUGAAAAAUCAAGAUUAGGUCUCGUUUUAGUAGGAAUCUAUCUUCAUGUGUAUUUCUAUGGUAUAGGAAGUGGCCCAGUUCCUUUCACAUAUAAUGCUGAGAGCGCUUCUCUUUCAGUGAGAGAUGCGCACUCUAGUCUUGGAACAGCCACGACUUGGAUGUUUUGUUUUGUAUUAGGCUUCACUUUACCAAAUAUGCAAAGGUCUAUUAAAAAUGUCGGCGUGUUUUGUUUCUACGCAGGUUGGUGUGUAGUUCUUUUUAUCUUGAUACUUCUUUUUGUACCUGAAACAAAAGGAUACACCUUGGAAGAGUUAGAUUUAAUUUUCAGUGUGCCAAUAAAGAAGCAUGCUGAAUUUCAAGUUAAAAAGCUGCUUAAUUUCGCUUCGAAGAUCUUGGGCAAGGACGUAAAAGAACAAUCAAGUAUUCUUGACUAUGCACUUUCACUACAAUUCGAGAAGAAAAAGAGAGGCGUGCCAUAA